AUGCACGUGCACGAUUUCGAAGUAGGACAGAACAGGCAUUCACAUAAAUGUGAUACUUGUAACAAAUCAUUUAAAAUUCUCAGUAGGCUGAAGAGACGUGUUAUCACCCAUACAGGAGAAAAACCAUAUAAAUGUGAUGUCUGCGCUCAAGGAUUUUCAUUGCAGAGUUAUCUUGGUCGACAUAAACUGAUUCAUCAGGAUAGGAACAUUUUCAGUUGCAAAACCUGUGGACAACAAUUAGCUUCAAAACAAUCUUAUCUAUUACAUUUAAAGAUUCACACUGGAGUUAAAGAUUAUGCUUGUGGUUUCUGUGGUAAGUUUUUUCAUCACACCAGUAAUGUGACCAAACAUUGCGCAAUUCAUCAGAGAGAUACCAUCUACUUUAAAUGUGAAGUUUGUGAAAAGAAGUUAAGUUGUAAAGUUAGUCUCAAUCACCAUUUAAAGAUCCAUGCUCCAACAUCAGUACAUAAGUGUGAUAUUUGUGGUAAAUCUUUUACCACUGUAUUUCAAGUCCGCAAUCACCAAAUCAUACACAGUGGAGCCAAACCCUACAGCUGUCAUAUCUGUAGUAAAUCAUUUAACAGCAAACAAAAUUGUGUAAGACACAUGAAAGUUCAUACAGGUGUCAAACCUUAUAAAUGUGAUGUUUGUAGUAAGCAUUUUAAUGAUUUGGGUGCACUGAAAGUACACAAUAAAAUACAUACAGGAGAGAAACCAUAUGAAUGUGUGAUUUGUAGCAAAGCAUUCAGAGCCAAGUGUGAUUUAACAAGACAUGUAAGAAUUCACACAGGAAAAAAACCCUACACAUGUUAUGUAUGUGACAGGUCGUUUUGUCAAAUAUACCAAUUAAAAACACAUCAGAAGACACAUGAAAGUAAUAGAAAGAAAUUUGAAUGCCAAAUCUGUUCUAAAUUAUUGGGUUACAAAGGUGCAUUAGAGCGACACUACAGGAUAUACAGCGGUGAGAAGCCCUAUUCUUGUAAUAAGUGUUCAAAAUCUUUUCGAUCCCAGUCAGAGUUACGGCUUCAUAUCUGCACACAUACAGGAGAGAAACCCUUCAAAUGUGAUGUCUGUAGUCAUACAUAUAGUAAUAGUUCUAACUUACACAGACACAAGAAAAUACACACAGAAGAUGAAGAAAAUGUACAUGAAUGUAAACUUUGUUUAAGAACAUUUGUUUAUAGAAAUAAUCUUGUCAGACAUAAAUGUAAAAGAUCAAAUAAAAGAAUGAAAAAGUCAGAUAGAAGUGAAAUGAAGAGUUUACAGAUUUAA